AAUAAUGAUAUAAGGCUUAUAAGAGUAAGUUAUUUUUUUUUUUAAUUACGAUUUUUAUGAUGUUGCUCACACGAUUAAUUUUCUUUUUUAUGUUAAUAUGUCUUACUAGUAGCAGAUAUGGUCGGCAUAGAGUAAUGCAAGAACCAGAGCCAGAACCAGAACCAGAACCAGAACCAAUAGCAAAUCCUAACGAAGUUGCUGAAUUUAAUAGAAUUGUUAGUUCUACAGGAUGGAAAAAUAUAGUUGGCUUAAAACUUAUAAACAUAAAAGGAGAAAAAGUACCAAUCGAUUUAUGGGUCAAUACAUAUUAUCCUAACAAUAAUGUCAAUAAAACCGAAUUUGAAAUGUCAAAGCUAUGUGCUUCAUUGGUAUUAAGAAAAAUUUAUUCAGAUAUGCUAAAUCCUUUACGUGAUUACUAUAGAGAUAUGUCAUUAAUAUGUAUGUAUAACCGAAAUGAGGAAUCUAAAUUGACGAAUUUGAAAAAAUUAAUCGAAAUGUUUUCUAUGUUUAAACCACUAAUGACUUGUAUGAUUAAUGCAUUAAAUUAUUUUGAAUGUAAUAAUGAGAAUCCUGUAUUUGAUGUUCUCGACAAAUCAUUAUUAUUAACUAACGAACUGACUACUAAUAACAACUUUCAUAAUUCAGACAACACUUUAAGUUAUGAAUUUAUAUAUAGCACACUUGAGAAAAUUUAUGAUUUUGCUAGACAAUACGUACUUCAUAAAAUAGAAAAUAUUUUUGAAAUAAAAGUUGAACCUUUCUUAGAAAACUAUAUUACUGAAUUGAAAAUACUAAAAAGAAAUUCUUCGCAUAAUAUCCCUAUUGACCCACAAUUUAACCAAAAAAUUAAUAAAGGUGUUACCUUAUUGUGCAGAAAUUUUGGAUUUUUUUAUUAGGUAGUAUAAUACAUAAUAUAUUUUUUCUUUAUUGUUCUUCCUUACUUUGUAAUUUACAAACAACUAUCAAUUAAAAUAUCAUAUUAUACAUAUACUUUUUAAUCUAAAUAAUUUAUUAUUCCCAAAAAAGAUAUUUAGAUUCUUUUUUUUAAAUCAUUUUUAAAAUUCAUUCAUUCUAGAUUAUUAUUUUUGUUAAUUAAUGUUACACACAGCAUAAUUUUAUUCAUUAUUUUUAUAACUAUUAUAACUUUUCCUUUUUUUAAUAUUGUUAUUAAUUAUUAAUUAUUUUAGACCACUACAUAUUUUGUUCAAACUUUAAUCAAACCUCAGUCUUUUGUAAAUUAUCUUUAUACAAAUCAUAAAAUAUGUUACAGGAAAUUAUUAAACUGUGUUUCACGCAAAUCUGUAAAAAUAUACAACAUUAUAUGAUUUUUUCA